AGUUUGACAGUUCAUCUGCGCCGUAAACAAAGGUGCGUGACUGAGGCACGGGUGCAAACAACAGCAACGAACACGAAAGCGACGGAAUUACGGUGUAUUUUUCACGAAAAAGUGUAUUAAUAGUCCCAUUUUCCAACAUUCCAAACAUCGCUAUUUGAGUGUGGUGUAAAUAGGCAACGCACAUGUUGUGUGAGGUGCUAUAUGGUGUAGUUGAUCGAUUCUUACCCCCUUCACAAGCAUGGAUAACGACGACAGCGCACAGCAGGACCAGCACGAAGGGCCGGUAAACGAGCGCCAAUCGUCGUCCGCGCUGGCGUGGCUGCUGCUGUACAGUACGGCCAUGUUUACGCUUCCGUUUGCGGCGUUCUACAGCACACGGUACGCGCUGACGCACUAUCUGCGUAUCGACGGGUUUCCCAACACGUGCGGUUCGGUUGUGGCGGCCGUACUGGUCGUGAACCUGAUCAUCCUGCUGUACGCGUUGCGUGGCUACGAAGAUGCAAAGGACGAUGACAAUCCUGACACACCACCACCGGAGGACGCAGAGCGCGAUCGAAAGGAGGAAUCUAAAAAGUUGAAGUAGAGCAAAACCGUGACCAACUCUCAUCCACGACCGUUUUACCCCUGUACGGUACUAAUUCGUUAACACUUGUCUUAAGUAGCUAUAGAAUGUAAUAAACAUGUUGAAAAAGCCUACUUUGCCUUGGUGUGUGUGUGUUUGCAUCCGUUUCCUAGACAACAGUUGGUCACUGCAGCUUGCCUGGAUUCUGCCGGAAACGGUUCAAAGUAGCUCUUGAUCGAUGGCUAAUGGGAAAUGUGAUUUUUUUUGUUCUUUCCCUUUCUAUCUCUCUCUCUCUCCCGAGCAGCAGUAAUUCUCUGAAGCGGUCCAAAUCCUCCCAGCAUGUCUGCUUCACUACUCUACCUCCUGGUGCCCGUUGGUGUUGGUGCCAGCUUGUACGUCAUUCGUAAGCUACGCGAAUGGAAGUGGGGCUGGGUAAGAAACAAUGCGCCGCUCCGUGGCAAAGUGUUUAUCAUAACCGGCGCCAACACAGGGCUCGGGUACGAGACGGCACUGGCGCUUGCCACCCGCCAGGCAACGGUCAUUAUGGCCUGCCGUAGUAUGGACCGGGCCGGAGAAGCAAUCCGUCGCAUCCGGCAAAGCACACCGGACGGUGAACUGAUCCCGAUCGAGCUGGAUCUGGCCUCGUUCGCAUCGAUCCGCGACUUUAGCGAGGCGAUCAAGAGCCGCUACCCAUCGUUCGACUGUCUGAUCAACAAUGCCGGACUGGCGGUGCAGGAACCGACCUUCACGAAGGAAAACUACGAGGUACACUUUGGCGUGAACCAUCUCGGCCACGUUCUGCUGGUGGAUUUGCUGAAGGACAAUAUCCGGGCCAACGCGGCCCGGAUCGUGAUCGUGUCGUCGAAGAUGCACGAGCGGGCCAAGAUCGACUUUGACAAUCUCGGCCAAUGGGUUGAGCGUGGCCGGGGCGAUCGGUUUAACAAUCUGUACAACAACUCGAAGCUGAUGAACUUCUACUACGCCCGGGAGCUGUACAAGCAGGGCUACAACGUGCACGUGCUGUGUCCGGGCCUGUGCCACACGGACUUCUUCCGCAGCUACAAUCCCAGGUGGUACCAUUACGUGAUGUUUGCCCCGGUUGUGCUGCUGUUUUUGCGUUCGGCGCGUCAGGGUGCCCAAAACAUCAUCCACUGUGCUACGGACAACGUCAAUACGGAGGAAAAGAAUCCGGUCACCGGGUACUUUGUCACGAACGUCGAACAGACCAAGUCGAAGUUUAAGUUUGACGAGGAAACGUCCGAGCGGCUGUGGCGUGAAAGCUUCAAGGCACUGAAUGUCUAAAAUCGAGCGAUUCGGAGGAGGGACGGACUCUCUUCGGGGUCUGGGCUUUUCCCUUUUUUUUUUUGCUGCAGGCUUCCUUCAUUUUGGUGGUGGGAUCCAUCUGUCUGCGAUCUGUUCUGUAUCUCCACCCAUUCACUAGAAUACUCUUACGAUCAGAAUUUUAACGCAUUUCGCUCAGCAGUUGGAAGGGCAUCACAAUAAAGUUUUAAUAUUUUGCGUACAAUUAA